AGAUAAAAGAAGAAGAAUUUGAUGAUUUCCUACAAGAGGAUCUGUCUACAUGUAAGACAGUGGAAGAAAAGCCUGGACUGGAAUAUGAAUGCAAGGCCGAAAUGUACACGUCUACCAUCAUGACCUUGAAAGAAGAAAACUGUUCACCAAUGGAAAUCAAAGAGGAAGAAGAAUUUGAUUCAAGAGAAUAUGGUGACUUCGCCUCUUCACCUACAAGACACAGUCAAAGGAUCCAAGCUAACAAAAGUGGAAACUCUGAGGAAAAAAGAAACAAAGAGAGACGCCAAAAACGCCCCCAGUGCAGAAAGACUUCAUACCAGGAAUCACAUCAGCGACUGGACACCAGGAAGGAACAACAUGAAUGCUCCCAGUGUUUCAAAACAUUUGCUAGACGUUCCGAUCUUGCAAUUCAUCAACAAAUACACACAGGAGAAAAGCCCCAUCAGUGCAGUACAUGUGGGAGAGCCUUUAGUGUAAUGUCUACUCUCAAGACACACCAGAGGAUCCAUACUGGGGAAAAGCCACACCAGUGCAGUACAUGUGGGAAGGCCUUUAGUCAAAUGUCUACUCUCAAGACACACCAGAGGAUCCAUACUGGGGAAAAGCCACACCAGUGCAGUACAUGUGGGAAGGCCUUUAGUAACAAGACUCAACUCAAGACACACCAGAGGAUCCAUACUGGGGAAAAGCCCCAUCAAUGCAGUACAUGUGGAAAGGCCUUUACUCAAAUAUCUAAUCUCAAGACACACCAGAAGAUCCAUACUGGAGAAAAGCCACACCAGUGCAGUACAUGUGGGAAGGCCUUUAGUUCAAUGUCUGAUCUCAAGAAACACCAGAGGAUCCAUAGUGGGGAAAAGCCUUAUCAGUGUUCUCAAUGUGGAAAGGCCUUUAGUCGAAUGUCUGCUCUCAAGACACAUCAGAGGAUCCAUACUGGAGGAAAGCCACAUCAGUGUUCUCAGUGUGGAAAGAACUUCAAUUACAUAUCUCAUCUCAAGAUACACCAGAGGAUCCAUACUGGGGAAAUGCCUUAUCAGUGUCCUCAGUGUGGAAAGGCCUUUAAUGUCAUAUCUAACCUCAAAGCACACCAGAGGAUCCAUACUGGGGAAAGGCCUUACCAGUGUUCUCAUUGUAGAAAGAUCUUUACGACAACGAAUCAUCUCAAGAGACACGAGAGGAUCCAUACUGGUGAAAAGGCAUAUCAGUGCACUACUUGUGGGAAGAGUUUCUGGAGUACCUCAGAUCUCAUCAGCCAUCAGAUGACACAUACAGGAGAAAAGCCCUAUCAGUGUUCUGAGUGUGGAAAGGCCUUUAAUCACAUAUCUAAUCUCAAGAGACACAAGAGGAUCCACACUACUGAUGUGCUGCCCUGAUAUUACAUAAUGAAGUAUCAUUUCUGUAAAUGAGUUUUAUUAAAUUAGUUUUAAACAGCGGUGAGGUGCAUGAUGCAGCAUCAUUUCUUUAUGUCUGAAGCAUGUGUUGGGGUAGAGAUCGAAACCAAAGUUUGUCAAGUUUGUAUGCAAACUACAAUCUAUAAGCUUACUAGCCCAUGGACAAAAAAAAGUUGUGUAUGUGUAAAUAAACCUGAAACAGUUUAAGUAUGUGAUGGAUGUCGGGGGGGGGGGGGAUGUGUUCUCGUUGUCAAUAUGCCUUUAAAGCAGACUCUGCACUCACUGUAGUAAUGGGGUAGUGGAGGAUGAGUUUCUUUUCCUGAUGGAAUGUAAUAAGAACAACCACAUCAGUGAGACCUACUUCUCAAUAACAGAAGAUAUUUGCUCUUGGUUUAGAAAAAUAAAAAAAGAGAAGAAAAAUGAUCAUUCCUCCUAGGUGAAAUAGCUGUACAGUACAUGCAUACACCUAACCUCACAUUAUCCACAUUCCUGCCAUAUAUUGAUAAAUAAUUCAUAUAUAGGGUUAAUAGUCGGAUUACAGUAGUGGGAGCACUUCUAUAUUGUACAUCUAUAUGGAUUGGGAUAGGUUGUUGGGUAUAUUUGGGAGAGACUAUAAACUGUCAUAUAUAUUCUCACAAGAAAAUACUAUAUAUUACACUGAAAUGAAUUCACAGUGAGUACAGAAGGCAAGAAAAAAGUAUGAAUGCUUGAAAUACAGGGACAGGUAUUUGCUUUUGUAUUUGGUGAUUUUGGAGAGGUUAUGAGACACUUGGAGACGUCUAAAGAGGUUAUAAGACACUUGGAGAUGUCUAAAGACAACAUAUGGAAACUA